ACGACCACCGUGCUGGAGGGAAACUCCAUCCCAAAAAGGCCCACCUCCUUUUCCGACGGCCCGUACGUCCCCUGCAAACCCAUUCGAAUGCCAAAAACGACCCUUUUUGGCUUUCAAAUCGCGACGGAAGCUCGAUAAAAAAACCCUUUUUUUGAAGUAGGAAAGAAAAACGCUAAAUUUUUUUAUCCGUUUCCCUCCAAUUUGUCAGAAGAAAAUCCCUCUUUCUCCUCCUUUUUCGGCUCUCUCUCUCCGCCAUGGCGAUUGUGGCGGCGUUGGUGGUGGUUCCUCUCGGCCUUCUCUUCCUUCUCUCGGGUUUGGUCGUAAACCUAAUUCAGGCUACUUGUUUUGUUAUGAUAAGGCCUUUCUCAAAGAAUCUCUAUAGGAAGAUCAACAGAGUAGUGGCAGAAUUGUUGUGGCUCCAGCUUGUUUGGCUCGUUGAUUGGUGGGCAGGUGUUAAGGUACAGUUAUAUGCUGAUUCUGAAACUUACAAAUCACUGGGUAAAGAGCAUGCAUUGGUCAUUUGCAACCACAAAAGUGACAUUGACUGGCUUGUUCGAUGGAUUUUAGCUCAGCGCUCAGGUUGCCUUGGUAGCACGGUAGCUGUCAUGAAGAAAUCAUCAAAAUUCUUGCGAGUUAUUGGUUGGUCGAUGUGGUUUGCUGAAUAUCUAUUCCUGGAAAGAAGCUGGGCCAAGGAUGAGAAUACACUAAAGUUAGGUCUGCAACGGUUCAGGGAUUUCCCCAGGCCAUUUUGGCUGGCUCUUUUUGUUGAGGGGACUCACUUUACCCUGGCAAAGCUUUUAGCAGCACAAGAAUAUGCAGCUUCGCAGGGUUUGCCUACCCCGAGAAAUGUUCUAAUACCCCGAACCAAGGGCUUUGUUUCAGCUGUAAUCAUGCACGCUUUUGUCCCAGCCAUAUAUGAUGUAACUAUAGCUAUUCCUAAAGAUCAGCCUUCACCUACGAUGCUUAGAAUUUUGAAAGGGCAGUCUUCAGUGGUGCAUGUCCACAUGAAACGACAUUUGAUGAAUGAUUUGCCUCGAACAGAUGGAGUAGCACAAUGGUGUAGAGAAAAAAUUGUGGCAGAGGAUGCUUUACUAGAUGAUCAUAUAUCAGAGGGCACUUUUGGUGAUGAACUAAGACCAAUUGGUCGGCCGAUUAAAUCUUUGCUGGUGGUUGCAUUUUGGUCAUCUCUGCUGUCAUAUGCUGCAUUCAGAUUCUUCAAAUGGUCUGCGCUGUUGUCGACAUGGAAAGGAGUCGCAUUCUCAACAGUGGGACUACUACUGGUCACAGUAGUCAUGCAUGUCUUUAUUCUAUUUUCUCAGUCUGAACGUUCGACUAUGGCCAGAGCAGCACGCAGCCGAACAAAGAAAGAUUAGAGGCUCAAUGGAGCGUACGCUGGAUUCAGCCAGCCCUAAAGGGAAUUGCAACUUAAUGCACCUUCUAGUCAUCAGCACAAUUCAAGCCAUGUCUGCUAUCCAUCAAGUGCACAUUUAUGUCAUCAUAGGAAUAUAGGGAAUCAGCAAGCUUCAUUCAUGUAUUUUCUACAUUUUGGUAUUGGGUGAAGCAUUUGUAGCAGGAUACACUUCACAUUUGUAUCAAUUCUUUCUUUUCCAUGAAUUGGGCCUGGUUG